AUGUAUUCUAUUGAUCGUACAUCUCCAAUUCCAAUUGAUAAUCAUUCAUUAAUGUCGAAUGAAACUGAAACUGAAAUUGAAUCAUCAUCAACACCUGAACUUAAUUUAUUAUUGGAUAAAUUAACUGAAAUAUUACGAUUUCGUUCGGGUUGUCGUCGACAACAUAUUGUUCAUCAUCAACAACAACCACCACCACCACAAUCAAAUUCAUCUUCAACAACAAAUUUGAAACGUCUGCAAUCUGGCAGUAUUGAACCAUUGCAUAAUAAUAAUUCCGAUGCUUCAUCAACAGGUACAUGGAAAUCAUCAUCGAAUGUUCAUCAUAAAUCAUCCACUUCAAAACGUUCAACAAAUCAUCAUCAUUUAAAUUGUCCAAAUAAUGAUAAAAAACGACGUUUACCUGGUUUAUUACAACGUUUAAUUGAUGAAGGCAAUUUAAUUAAAGAAGCUGUACGGCGUCUUAAAACACAACGUUUUUCAAAUUCAUUUAAACAACAACGACAAACAAACAUUGCAAAUACACCAUCAACACCAACAACAAAAUCUUCGUUCCAAACUCUUCCAAAUGUUACAUUAUCUUCAGCAAGUAUUAAUAUUCCUCAACAAUUAAGUGAUCCACCAACACAAACAACAUCAUCACCAAGUCGUGGUAUUUCGUGGUUUCUAUCAUCAAGUGUAUUUGGUACAACAAAUCAUAGUAGUGGUAGUGGAUCACCACUUCGUAAUUGUUGUUCAUCGAGUACACAGGAUCGAACACCAAUGGAAAUUGGUAUUCAUGAUGGAUAA